AUGGAUCAACGCUUGCACCAGCAAGCGAAAGGUGUCGCAUCCGAACUCUUGGAACAUCUGACAACCAAGCCGACAGCUUUUCUUGUUGCUGUGUUAUGGCACGAUAUUCCUAUGCCAGUGAUCGACGCCUGCCGUGAGUCUUUCAUGUUUGUGAAAUGUACUGGCAAGAUUAGCGUGGGCAAAGUUAGAGAGUCGUACCUCUCUAGAGAAGAGGCCCCAUCCGACAUAUUGCUACAUAUGGGCUCGACCAUCCCGUCAGACACUGCGAAAGUUUCCGAGUUAGUUCACUUUGGUGACAAAGUGAUUGUCUUCCACGCGCUCGGCGUCGUUCCAGCCAACACGACGGACACAAUGAACAGCACGUCGAAUGGCCCGACUUCUGCGAUCUUUGCCAAUCUCUCAGUGCCUUCCAGGCUCCAAUUCGCCCCCGAGUCAAAGGAAAAUGGAGUUUCUGGUGCUCUACUUUCAGGAGCACUAACAUCGGUAAGACAAUCAAGCGUGUCGUCAAGAUCGAGUGUCAAUCAAUCUGGACUAUCUUCUGCUUCAUCAGCAAGAAGGGCUCCUUCAUCGUCCAGUGUACCCGGACAUACUCCGGGUGCUUCGUCUCCACUCACGAGACCUGCGCCGGCACCUUCAACACCAGCCUCAGCUAUUCCUCGGGCUAGUGUGGGUCUUCCCACUUCAAAGCACCACAGUCCUGCUUAUAGCACGCCCACUCGUUAUGCUCAAGCCUCGGUCCUUCCAUCGGUUAAGAACGAACCAGUUCCGGCCCCACCUUAUGGUUAUGUCUCAUAUACCCCGGCGCCUCAUGCACAGGGUCCGCAGCCUCUACAAGCUUCGCCGAGACUGCAGGGUCCAUACUAUGGAACACCACAUGUCCCAGCUCAAUAUGGACAACCAAAUGGCAAUGGUCACGGCCCAUCAACUACUCAGGUGGACAACACACAUUCCGUAAGUCUGACUUCCACUUAG